AUGGGAAUUGGGCCCAACUGGUUCCAUGUUGGAAAUGCAUUGGAUGAUGGGAAUCGGGUAUCAGGGGUGCCAUCUUGGAAAUGGAAUACCCAGACGCCCUUCCUGCUCUUCCUGUCCUUCCUCCAAGUGCACACAGCUCUCUUCUCCUCCCCGGCCUUCACCAACAGGAGCCGUCAUGGGGCGUACGGGGACGCGGCCGAGGAGAUGGACUGGGCCGUGGGGAGGAUCUUGGAUGCGCUGGACAGGUUGGGAUUGGCCAACGACACCUUGGUGUACUUCACCUCAGAUCAUGGCGCCCACGUGGAGGAAAUCACGCCCCAGGGGGAGGUCCAUGGCGGGAGCAACGGAAUGUUCCGGGGGGGCAAAUCCAACACCUGGGAAGGAGGCAUCCGGGUCCCGGGCCUGGUGCGCUGGCCGGGCGUCCUGCGUCCUGGCCUGGAGGUGGACGAGCCCACCAGCACCAUGGACGUCUUCCCCACGCUGGCCGGGCUGGCCGGGGCCCCCUUGCCCCGGGACAGAAUCAUCGAUGGCCGUGACUUGAUGCCCCUACUUCGAGGAGAAAUCGCCCGCUCUGAGCACGAGUUCCUCUUCCACUACUGCAACUCCUACCUGAACGCCGUACGCUGGCACCCGAAGAACAGCACGUCCAUCUGGAAGGCCUUCUACUUCACGCCCAACUUCAGCCCCCCGGGUUCCAAUGGCUGCCACGACACCCACGUGUGCCUGUGUCAUGGCCGCCACGUCACACGCCACGACCCCCCGCUGCUCUUCGACCUCUCACGCGACCCCCGCGAGCUCGCCCCUCUGACACCCGCCACGGAUCCACGCUUCCACACUGUGCUCCGCGCCAUGGCCCAGGCCGCCCAGAGACACACGGCCUCCGUGCCCCCCCACAUCACCAACCAGCUCUCAAUGGGCCACCUGCUGUGGAAGCCCUGGCUGCAGCUGUGA